UUGAGCAUGGCUCUGAGGAGGCUGAGAAGCUGGAGGUCGCCAACUCCUGCGGACCUGGCAGCUGAUACCUGUUCUAGGAGCGUUCUGCUGCCCAAACCCUUCAUCUGUGCUAAGGACGGAGCAGACACAGCCCAAAGGCACCCGCACCUGGAGGGAUCUCGGGUCGCAUUCUGCUGCUAUUAACAGGGCUCUACAGACCUACGAACAUCCACGGAGGAGCACUCCGCAGAACUACAAGCUACUUUUUGAAGUGGGGGGUGGAAGGAGACAGUUUCCCCCCUCCUUCCCUGUUUGGGAGAAAGGAGUUGCCCAACCUGGUCAUGAGACUUUUCCACACUUCUCCAAGCAGGCUCCUGAAGUUCUGACACUGCACCUCUGAGAGCCUGGGGUAGCAUAGCCCAGAACAGCCCCCCAGCAACACACCCCCGAGUGCAGACAACCUGGUAGGCACAGGAGAUGGAGAAUGAGGUUGACAAAUCAGUGGACAAUCAAAUGGACAAAUACAUAGUGACAAUAAUGGGGAAAUCAGAGAGUCAAAUGGAUAUUGUGGAGAAAUCAACAAAAUCUGGGAAGAAAUCCUGGACCUUUGUGGCAAUCGCUCUGGCUGUCUUGCUGCUCCUCAUGACUUGUGCAGUGGUCGCCCUGGUGAUCCUAUAUGCCAGCAGCAGAGGCACUCACUAUGGCACCAAUUCAGGCAGCAUAUGUACCACACCUGGAUGUGUUACAGCAGCUGCUAGAAUAAUCCAGAAUAUGGACCCAACAGCUGACCCUUGCAAGGAUUUCUACCAGUAUGCCUGUGGGGGCUGGCUGAACCACCAUGUCAUCCCAGAGACCAGCUCCAGAUACAGCAUCUUUGACAUCCUGAGGGACGAGCUGGAGAUCAUCCUCAAAGGUGUGCUGGAGACUUCAGAUCAAGGGGACAGAGAAGCAUUUCAGAAAGCUAAGAUACUUUACAAGUCAUGCAUGAAUGAGAGUCUUAUAGAGCAACGAGAUUCACUGCCUCUGCUAGAGGCCUUAACAAUGGUUGGAGACUGGCCAGUUGCUUCUGCUGACUGGAAUAAGACCAAAGAGCCAAACUGGAGCAUGGAAGAGAAACUCUCCAUCAUGAACUCCAGAUUUAACAAACGUGUCCUCAUCGACAUGUUUGUGUGGAAUGACGACAGGGAUUCCAGCAGACACAUCAUUUAUAUUGACCAGCCAACUUUAGGAAUGCCAUCCAGGGAUUACUACUUUAAUGGGGGCAACUACCAAAGAGUGAGAGAAGCUUACCUGCAGUUCAUGAUCACCAUUGCCAAAAUGAUCCGGGAAGACAAGAACGUGUCUAAGGAUGAUUCCUUUGUCCAAGAGGAAAUGGCAAAGGUCAUGGAGCUUGAGACAGAGAUUGCAAAUGCAACCACCCCAGCAGAAGAGAGGCAUGAUGUAACCUUGCUGUACAACAAAAUGACCUUGAAAGAGCUACAGGAAAAGUUUGCGUUGAAUGAAUUCAACUGGACCUUCUUCAUCCAAGGUGUGAUGUCUUCAGUAAGUGUUCAGGUUGACCCUGAAGAAGAGGUGGUUGUCUAUGGCAUACCCUAUCUGCAAGAGCUGAAAGCAAUUAUCUCAAAAUACUCAGCAAGCACCAUCCAGAACUACCUCAUCUGGCGUCUGGUGAUCGACCGAGUCAGCAGCUUGAGUCGGAGGUUCAAGGAUGCUCGGGCCAGCUACAGGAAGGCACUCUAUGGGACCACGCUGGAGGAAGCUCGCUGGAGGGAGUGCGUGAGUUACGUCAACAAUAACAUGGAGAACGCAGUGGGGGCAAUGUACGUCAGGGAGACAUUUGCUGGUGAGAGCAAGAGGAUGGUCCGAGACUUGAUAGAUAAGAUCCGAGAAGCCUUCAUCGAGACCUUGGAUGAGCUCCAGUGGAUGGAUGAGGCCUCAAAGGAGAAGGCUCGGGAGAAGGCAAUGGCAAUUAAAGAACAAAUUGGCUAUCCAGAUUAUAUUUUGGAAGACCAGAAUGAAAAACUAGACCAGGAAUAUGCCAAUUUAAACUUCAGUGAGCACAACUAUUUUGAAAACAUUCUGGAAAACCUGAGAGCUGGAGCCCAAAAGAGCUUGAGGAAGCUUCGAGAGAGAGUUGACCAAGACAUAUGGAUAAUUGGAGCUGCAGUGGUCAAUGCCUUCUAUUCCCCCAAUCGGAACCAGAUAGUGUUUCCUGCUGGGAUUCUGCAGCCCCCCUUCUUCAGCAAGCACCAGCCUCAAGCCCUGAACUUCGGAGGGAUUGGGAUGGUGAUUGGGCAUGAAAUCACUCACGGCUUCGAUGACAAUGGCAGGAACUUUGAUAAAGAUGGCAACAUGUUUGACUGGUGGAGCAACUUCUCUGCCAUGCAUUUCAAGGAGCAGUCUCGCUGCAUGGUUUAUCAGUAUGGCAACUACACCUGGGAGCUCGCUGGGGGACAAAACAUCAGUGGAAUAAGCACAUUGGGAGAAAAUAUUGCAGACAAUGGAGGAGUCCGACAGGCUUAUAAGGCCUACUUGAAAUGGCUGGAACGGGAAGGGAAGGAGCCAAAGUUGCCUGGACUGGAUCUGUCCCACAAGCAGCUUUUCUUCCUCAACUUUGCCCAGGUUUGGUGUGGUUCCUACAGACCAGAAUAUGCCAGCCAGUCAAUAAAGACAGAUGUCCACAGCCCUCUGAAAUACAGGGUGAUGGGAUCUCUGCAGAACUUUGAAGCAUUCUCAGAGGUGUUCCACUGUAAAAAAGGCACAACCAUGCAUCCUGCAGACAAGUGCAGAGUCUGGUAACCAAAAAGAGCCCUGGCAAGGACGAGAGCUGCUCUGGUGACACAACAAACAGCUUUUGCCCAUGACGUGCCUGAAGUUCUCCCACCCAGCCACAGCCAAGGCAAGGGUGCAGCUGCUGGAGAGCAUGAAGAAAACGAGCAGUGGAGCUCUGGGGGCUCCCUGGGGAGUCUCUGGGUAUCUCCAUGGCUUCUGGGCUGUGCUGAGAGCCACAGCACCUGCCAGGACUCAACCAACUGUUUCCAGCCACGUCCUGACUGUUACCAAGAUACCACAUCAGGGUUACAAAGACUUCAGACAACACAACCAACAUCCAACUCUUUAUUUCUCAGAAAGGAGCAGACAUUUUAAUAUCUGACACCUCCUGAGGACUCAGCAGACCUGGCUGAGCUGCCUCCCUGGACUGUUUCCCAGUCUUCUGACCCAGUUUCUGGUGCAUUCUUCCCAAAUUCAGGUUAGAGCUGGCUUGGCCUCCCAUGCUGUCUGCAGCCCUGCACUCUGGGCACUGCUUUCUGCCCAGAGCUCACUGUUUGUCCUCAGCCAUGACAAAGUCAGCUCUGUGUUCAGAUGCCUGUUGGCUGCACCUGAGCUCCUCUGCUCCAAAGAACAACUGCAACCUGCCCUUCACCUGAGGCAUUUCUAGACAGAGCUCUUCUUUAGCAGCACCAAUUCUCUUGUUCAGGUCCAGAGUGCAGGGUCUGCCUGCAGAGAGAGAUUUCCACUGAUGUUUAUUCUUGUACAAAGUGUAUAAAAGACUUUUCUCUCUCUUUUUUUUUGCCAAAUAGCAAACAUGUAUCCAUGGAAACAAUUAAGAUGUUCUUUAAUCCUGUGCCUUUUGUUUGGUUUUGGUUUG